CUCUCUAUCAGAUCAGAAUCCAGAAAGAUGGCCAUACCCAAACAACAGCGGAAAUGGUAUCACAUCCGAUGGUUUACAGAUCAAGACACAAAAGAGGAGAGGAAGCUCAUCCUCAAACUAGAUCUGUUAAUUGUUCCUUAUGCCUUUCUGGCGUAUUGGACCAAGUAUAUUGAUCAAGCUAAUAUCAAUAAUGCCUAUGUCUCUGGUCUCAAAGACGACCUGGGUCUGCAUGGGAAUGAACUCGUGCAGCUGCAGACUAUGUAUACCAUUGGGGCAGUGGUCGGCCAGCUUCCUUUUGCGUUCUUGUUCACCAGGCUUCCUAUGUCUUGGAUAAUUCCGUUCAUGGAUGUUGCUUGGGGCAUCUUUACGUUGGUGCAGUAUCGCGCCAACUCUUAUGCGGAAUUAGCUGCGUAUCGGUUUCUGGUGGGAUGGUUUGAGGCGGGUUUCUUUCCAGGCAUGCACUAUAUCUUCGGCUCAUGGUAUCGAGGCGACGAAAUUGCUCGACGAGGAGGCUGUUUCUAUGUCGGUCUCACAUUUGGUACUUUGACAGCCAGUCUCAUUCAAGCUGGUGCUUCAAGCAGCCUGGACGGUGUGAACGGACUAGCAGGAUGGAGAUGGAUGUACAUCAUCUGCGCCAUCAUCACCAUCCCCGUUGCGAUCCUCGGAUAUUUCAUCCUGCCAGGCUCGCCAGACAAGCCGAACAGAUUCGUACUGAAAGACGAAGACGUCCAACUCGCCAAAGCCCGCCUCGAACGCGCCUCUCACAAAACCGAAGAAAGCUCUCUCUCUUGGGACACUGUCUUCAAGGUCGGUCGGAACUGGAAAUUCUGGGCCAUGCUAUUGCUGGAUAUUUUCUUCUGGAAUGCAUGUAUCAACACCAGUGCCGGUGGAUAUCAACUUUGGCUCAAGAGUCUCGGGAAAUACUCGACCAGUCGUCUGAAUGAGCUGGCUGCUAUAUCUCCUGCGCUGGGUAUAUUCUAUACACUCUUCGUGUGUUUCUCGUCCGAUCUGUACCUCGGCCCUGCAUGGGCCAUUACCGUGUCCCAUCUCUGGAAUAUCCUGGGCCUUGUGAUUCUUGUGAUAUGGGAUGUCCCAGACUCGGCCCUUUGGUUUGCUUUCUUGACAACUUACUCGGCUGUUGCUAUGUCUAGUGUUCUCUAUGGAUGGAUCAAUAGCCAGCUGCGGUAUUCACCUACUGAGCGCGCUUUGACUCUUAUCGUGGUCAAUACGGUAGCUCAGUCUACGACCGCCUGGACGCCUUUGCUUGUCUUUAAGACCGUCGAGGGUCCGCGAUUCACCAAGGGUUACUCGUUUGUUCUUGCUAAUGCGAUUUGUUUGAUUGGGCUUGCGCAUGGCAUUCAAUACUUCAUAUCACGGGAAGAGAAAAACAAGUCGAGCCGAGAGAGUAUUUCUGACUCUGAUGGCGCCGGUACUUCGACUGGCCUCGAGUCUGGUACUCAGCAUGAAAUUGUACAAGGGAAGGUUGAUCAAUCCGUGUAA